AUGGGAAUUUGUACUAAUAAGCAAUAUACUUAAACUAAUGAUCCUCCACAAAAUCAUAGACAGAAUCGAUUAUAUUAAAACUAUUAACAAUUAGCAAGUAUUAAUCAUCCACUGAAUGUGAAUCACAAAUACAACAAUUACUUCCAAAUCAUUCCAGACACUACUGUAGGGAAGGGAAUUAAAAUGACAAAUCAAUAUACUAGUCGUUUAAGUAGAGAGGAGUGGCUAGAGAAGAGAAAAGAAUUUUGGGGUAGAAUUUUAUAAGUUAUUUAAAGAAUCAAGAGUUGAGGGAGAGAAAGUUUAUUGGCAAUCAAUCCAAAAAGCUAUUGAAGAACAAGAUGAAGGUAUUAUUAUUUAAUAUGUAGCAAAUGCAUUAGCUAUACUCAAUGCAUGUGAUCUCAAAUUGGUUAAUAAUUCCAUUUAACUACUUUAUGACAACUCAAUGCAUAAAUAUGAUGUCCCUAUAUUUAUGAUUAAUGAACCUUAAUCAUUCCCUUCCACAAAGUAUUGUGAUGCUGGUUUGAUUCAAAAUUUUCAAGAAACGGAAUUAAAAGUAUAUAUUUGUUAAGGAUAAUCUAUUUCAAGAUCAAAGUGAGAUCUAACAAACUCCCAUAAGAUUUCGAGGUUCUUACUCACACAAACCAAAGCAUAACUGAAUUGAAGACAAAAGUUUAAGAAUCUGCUCCUGGAUCUGAAUAAUGUAGGUUGUUUUUCAAAGGCAGAGAAAUGAGGAAUCAUCAUCUAAUUGGAAAUUAUUAACUUAAAGAUGGAGAAGUAUAUACCUAUACUAUUCAUUUUUCUAGAUGGUCCAGGCCUUUAUGUGAUA